AUGCGUCAGGAUCUGGAUAACGAACAGAAGAAGUUCGAGCGAGAACGCAACAGGCGUGAACAGCUGCGCACAGACCUCCAAAGCGAGACUGCGCGAGCCGAGUCCGCUGAACAGAAGCUCAGAAAGCGCAGUCAAGGCUCAGAAGGCCUUGGCAUGAUUUCGCCCACUGCUAACAGACCACAAGUGACGUGGAAUGAAGCUAGGGAAGAUCUCGUGCGCAAGAUGACUUCUGACCACGCAGAAGGCUUGCAGCGCCAGGAGAUAGUCUUGAAGUCCCAAUUCCAACGAGACCUCCAGACAAAGGAGGCAGAGUGGGAAGCAGGCAAGCAGGCGGCUCUAAGGCAGCUUCAGUCGAGUCAUGAAGGUCUUCUGAGAACUCGAGCAGCGCAGUGGCGUAGCGCCGAAGAACCGGCUGAGCCGCGCCCGCAGUCCCCAGGCAGUACUCGCCCCGGCCAAGGUGCUGCAAAGACGGGACCGCGGAAUCAUACCCCUGCCCCGAGAAAGACUGAUGCCUCCGCACUGAGGAGGUCUGAUCCUCCUGAGCACUCGGAUGCACAGCCUGAAGACGAGACAGGUGGCAUUGACUUCACCGGAGAGGCGUCGCUCCCGAGAAAAUUCGGCAAAGCCCGAGUCUUGAUUGAGAAGUGCUACUUAGCCUGGGAUGUAACUCCUGCUGAGAAGCACAGCCUCAUUGAGUCCUUCGAGGGCCUUUUCAGCAAGGGUAAAGAUCUUGCCGCCGUGUCCAAGUCUAUUGACAAGUACUGUGACCGAGCCACGAAGCAGGACGGUCCGUCGGUAUGUCUGAGAGCCUCCUUGGUCGGCCUUAAAGCUGGCAAGGUAGGCACAGCCAUCACGAACCUGAACUGCCCGCGAUGUAGCGCUUACGGGAAGAUGAAGGAGACUUGCUUCUUCGCAAGGUAUGCACCUGGCAUAUCUGGUGAUCAGCCCAGUCCUGACAUGGUCAAACUAGACGAUCGACCGGUGCGCUGGGUCAUCAAGAAACGCAAGAUGCGUCGCAACGAUCCCGACGAGGAGAGCUGGCAGGUUACGCUCGAUUCAGGUCAGCAGCAUAUGAUCUAG